UAGCUUCCUCCCCUUCCAAAAAAGAACUUACACACUGCCCGUCGGCCGGUUUACGAUCGAAAUUCCAUCAUCUAUCUAUCUACUACUUUACGCCUUCAGGCCUUACCGUCCUUAAUCUUCUAAUCCCACCACACCAUCCAUCCCUCACGUCCGACGUCUGCCUAACACGCACACGUUCACCUUUCACCGUCAGACGCUUCAGCUAAUUCAUCCUCGCGUCUCCGACAUUCUUUGUACUCGCCGUUCACUGAUCCUGAUCCCUCGGACUCGAGAAUUUCACUUCUGUAUCCUCCCUCUUCCCGGUCUGCGACAUUCAUCCUCGCAGCUUAGUACGCUUUUAUCCACAUCCGCCUUUUAGACAAAGCAGAUCAUCAAUAUGAGCAUGGACGCUGGCGGUCUCGCUCAAAUGACUUACAACAACAAUAACAACAACUUUGGCUCCAGCGGUGGCAUUGGCCUGCCCACGGCCGGCUUUGCUUCCCGCGGCAAAGGUGCCUCUCUCAAGCGCCUGAGCCUCGCCUCUCCUCCCAAGGUCGCCUCCAUCGCCGAGAAUGGUGAGGUUCAGACUCCACGAACAAGCCGUUCCCACCUGCUCGCCGGCCUUCGCACGGCUCCCAAGACUCCGUCUUCUGCCCAGCCGCCUGCAUCAGCCCCCUAUGGACAGAACCAGCACAAUCUUGGUGGCAUGAACCAGGCCCGUUACACCAGGCAGCAGCAGAACUACAAUGCCGUCCCGCAGACUGCCACUGGUGCUGGCUUCGGUGGUGCUGUUCGCAACCAGUACACUCAACAGCAACAGCUCCAGCAGCAGCAACAGCAGCAGCAGCAGCAGCAGCAGCAGAUGCUCUACAACGCUCCUGACCAGAUCCUGGCUCCCCCUUCGAUCCAAUACGACGACAACGAGCUCGACCCGAACAUUGCGGCCCAGCUUUUGGCCACCGAGCUUUACCUCGCCCAGAGGCAGCAGCAACUCCAACAGCAACUUCUCAACCUCACUGUCCAGCAGUUCGGAAAUGUCAACAUGAACGGUGGCCUUCGCCAGAACCAGCAGUUUACCUCGAACCCCAACCUUCAGCAGGCAAACGCGUAUGGACAGCAGUUGCAGGAGACUGGCCAGCCUGGCCUGUAUGUGGUCUACAACCCCCUCACUGGCCAGUACCAGUACGCCAUGGACCCCAAUUACCAGCAGUCCCAGCAGGCAAUCGACGAUCUUGCAGUCCAGAUGGUCGAGUCCAAUCUGUCUCACUCGCCCCCUCCGCCAACUCCGCGCUUCGCAGGCUCGCCCCCAAAGAUGAACACGCCUACUGUUCAGGUCUCUCCCCCGAACGAGAUCACUCCCAGCCCAUGGGGAUCCCGCAGUGCCUCUCCUCCCAAGAAGUCGUCCACCCCACCCCAGGAAGUUGUCCCCCUGCCGCCCCCAUCUGCCAACGCUUUCCGCCGUGGCCACAAGAAGCAGCCUUCUUCUCUCGCCUUGGAGGGCAAAUCGGAGACUCUUGAGGGCCCCAAGUCGGCGCUCGUUCGCCCCGUCGGCUUCCCAGCCACCCCAAGCACUGGCACCUUUGGUCCCGGACAGGCUCGUGCUGGAGAGCAUCCCACGCGCCAACCUCGCGGCCCACCCCCGCUUGAGGAGCUCCAGGCCAAGCCCACCACCAAGCACGAAGGCAGCAAGAACUUUUCUGCUCGUCAACGAAGACAGGCUGUCAGCAACCUCGUUCGUGCGGGAAUCGGUCGUCGUGGGGUUCGCACUGGCAGCAAUGGAAGCAUGACCCCAGUGAGUGAGACUGAGAUGUCUUUCCCGAACUCCGACAACGACACCGAUAGCGUCCACAGUGCCGGUAGCGGAAGCCUCUCUGGCAAGCCCAGCAUCGGCAGCCUUCGUGCUGUUGCCAAUGGCGCAAUCGGCUCCGAGAGGAAGGCUUCCAAGGAGCGUUCUCGUGACAGGACCUCUAACAGCGGCUCUUAUACGGCCAACAGUGUCAGCAGCGAGGAGGGCUCCUUCGGUGGAGGCCUCGUUGAGAUCCGCGUCGAGGAACCAGAGCGCCGACAGAUGCCCAGGCUCGUCCUCACCAGCGCUGAGAAGCGAAAGAGCACCAUGUUUUAAGUCAUUGAAACUUGAACGAUGGAAUGGUCGCUACCUCUCCCAUGAACCCUCUAUUUAGGUUCUUUGUGCAUAUUUGGCGGCGU